GGUCUUCACUGGUUGCUACCUCAAGAUCCAGCCCUCCACUCAUAUCUCCCUCUCAACGUUCAACGUGACAUCUUCUCGUCCCUAAUAUGGUAUCGAAGCAUACUGUUCCACGUCGUUCCAUGUGUUUGGGCACCUCACACGAACGUUGUCGGGCUUCGCGCAUAUAAAUACAGCGUUUGAUGGUUUCUUUUUGGUCGCUCAACCUCCUCCACUAGUUUCGUACCCACAUCGGUCGAAUACACAUGGCUCUCUUCAAACUUGGAUUUUUUGUUGUUAUUGCUUGUCUCUCCGCAUCGUCUACAGCAUCUCCUACCUCUAUUGGUCGACGGUCAGUGACCGUAACUCUCGAUGGAGUGAAUUAUGUGAACAAAGGCUUGGUUGGUUUUGGCCUCAUACCCCACGAUUUCAAGGAAUCAACAGGCGAUUCGCUUGGGGGAAUUGGGAGUGCUAUAGCGCUCAAACGAGGAACUUGGGCGAAAGGCAGUAAUGGCACAUAUACAGGAACAUUGUUGGUUCGUCCUGACCGUGGACAUAACAUUGACACUACCAUCGACUACCAAAGUCGUCAACAUGAAAUCGAGUUCGUUCUAACUCCAUAUACGGGUUCCGAGAACCUUAAUUUCGGGGAUGCACAAAAGACCCUACAACUUACCUACAAGAAUACCACGCUCAUGUUCGAAAGAAACAACACCAAGACAUCUGGGCUUGAUGCCUUGGCGGUUCGACCAACGCAGGGUUCAGAUCCAGAAUUGCCUAUACCGAGCGAAGAGUUUUCCCAUUUGUCUCUGGACGUUGAGGGGCUUGUUGCUGCUCCUGAUGGAACCUUCUGGAUCAGUGACGAAUAUGGUCCAUACAUCUAUCACUUCUCCGAUGACGGACAUUUGGUCAGCGCCAUACAGCCUCCGGCAGCCAUCCUCCCCAAGGACAAGAACGGUAAUAUCAACUUCACAUCCGUCGAGAGUCCCACCACCGGACGAAGUCCCAAUCAGGGCUUCGAAGGCCUGACAUUAGAUCCUGAGAACAACAUUCUGUACGCUAUGCUGCAAUCGGCCACGAUUCAAGAUGGAGGGGACGAUGAGAGUACCUCUAGCUUCACUCGAAUGGUGGCUUACAACAUAUCGGACGAUUCAAAACAGCCGCCUCUCGUCGGUGAAUGGGUUAUCCCCCUUCCUGUAAGCAACGAUAAAGGCAAAACGCGUCCUUCUAGCGAGAUUACUUUCGUCAGCGAGAACAUUUUCCUUUCCCUUUCAAGAGAUGGUAAGGGAAUGGGAAACGAUGACAGUGAAUCGAAGUACAAACAAGCAGAUCUUUUUAGCAUAGCGCAUGCAACUAACAUUCAAGGCAUGAAGUUUGAUGACCCGUCCAACCCGGUCGCUCCUAAUGGAAAGCUGGACAAAAGUAUUACGCCAGCGAAAUAUGUUUCGUUUGUUGACUACCUCAAUGAUGAUGACCUGAAAAGGUUUGGCCUGCAUAAUGGUGGGAACUUUGAUGAGACACUGAUUGAUUCUAAAUGGGAAUCCCUUGCGCUAGCACCGGUGAACGAUCCCAAAUCCCCAGAUGAUUAUUUCCUUUUCACUGUGGCGGAUAACGACUUCUUGACAACUAAAGGAGUAGCACUCGGAAUUCCGUAUGACGCCGGCAUCGACGUAAACAACCAGUUCAUGGUGUUCCGCGUGACAUUACCUCGACCAAUUGCAAAGGCGUGAUCUCGGAGAUAUAAGCGAGAUGUCGGCAUGUAUACCCCGUCGCAUAGUCCCGUUGUUAAUGACAUUCAUUUGCCGAGCGACCCUGCC